AUGGAAAAAUAUCACGUAGAUAUUGAUCCUGAGAUGCUCCCUAUAACUGAAGAAGAGGGACACUUGGUUGCAUUUACUGAGAAUGGAGUCAGGAUCGGGAUAAUCGGGAGUGCUUGUUACUCAAGCGAGAUAAACAAUAUGCCGGUAGAAAGGCUGGCCCGGGCCAGACCAGUCCAUACCAUGAGCCCAAUGAUGGCGACACUUUCCGUUAUUGGCGUCCUUGUGCUCACUGCACUUGUUGGGCUAGCGGUGCAAAUUGCCAACUUAUACGCACUUCGAAUCAUGGCGUGUAACACCAUGAUUGAUCACUAA